AUGUCAACGGGACUUCCUCCUGGUGGAUUGCUCGGUUUUGAUGAUCCACAGCAAAACGCGAACCAAAGCAAAGUAAAGGUUGAGGAUGCGCUCUCGUAUUUGGAUCAAGUGAAAAACCAAUUCACCCAUGAGUCUUCUGUUUACACACAAUUUCUCGAUAUCAUGAAAGAUUUCAAGAAUCAAACAAUCGACACCCCCGGAGUGAUUCAACGUGUUUCCCAAUUGUUCAGUGGAAAACCCGCAUUGAUCAUGGGCUUUAAUGCUUUUCUUCCCUCCGGUUUCCAAGUACUCAUGAACGAAGGAAAUAACAAAAUUUUGAUCCGAGAACCAAAUGGAAACGUUACAGAAGUUUGCGAUUAUCUAUCUGGAAAUCCACAUCUGAAUACUCCACGAACAGUCUCACAAAUGCCCAUUAUUCCGCCAACACAGGGACCGAUCGAGAUGAAACCCUCAAUACUUCCCGAUUCAUUCGUUCAUCAAGAGCCCACUGUUCAUCAGUUUAUUACAAAUCCAGCUUUGUAUAGAAAUGCAGCGGCGAAUCGAAUUCAACCAGCAGAGAUUACCGUAAGACAACAGAUCACAAUGCAAAUGGCUGCCUCAAAUGCUCAACAACAGCAACAGCAACAGCAAAUGACUCAAGUCUCAAUUUCUCAUCCACAACCACUAACAGUCGCUGAGCGAAAGGCUCCCCCACAACCACAACAAAUCAUUCAACCAGUUCAAACCGUGACACCCAUACAACAAUCAACUCGAGGAGAAAAAAAAGAAAAAACCGAAGAACUGGGAAAUCCCGGCUUUAGUCAAGCACUUGGUUAUGUGAAUAAAAUAAAGAGUCGAUUUCACUCGAAACCAAGCGUCUACAAACAAUUUUUGGACAUUCUCACAAAGUAUCAAGACCAAAUGAAAAUAGCGACAAACUCCGCAGCCGCAGAGCGCUACAUUUUGGAUGCGAUUGGGAAACUGUUUGAAGAUGAACCUGAUCUACUUGAUGAGUUCCGUUAUUUCCUCCCAGAAGCAACAUUGAUGGCCAAAGGGAGAAUUGAAGAACCAAGUAGUGAAGAUGAAUUAGAAGACGAGAUUGAAGAACCCGAAACCAUCGACCAACCAUCGUCAAGUGAAGAGGAGAGUGAAGAUGAGCGAGAAGAUGAUAUUAAAGCGGAGUCUGAAGAACGAAACACCCCAGAAGACAGAUCUCAAUCUUUACGAGGGAAACGUCAACUUUCCGUCUCUCAUUAUGGGCCUGGAAAGAAACCCCGUCUAUCAAGAAAACAAUUGUGGACUCGAGAGGUUCCAAUGGAUGAAGUUGAUGAUUUGUUGACAAAUGAAGAUAUUGAAGUAUUCGAGAAAAUUCGACGAGUAUUACCUACUAAAAGAUACAAAAAUUUCCUCCGUGGCCUCAAUUUGUACACAUCGAAGUUGGUGAAUGAGGAAGAAGUGCUGCAAUUCAUCAAAGCAAUUAUUGGAGAUUUAUUGCCUGAAGUAGUCAACUAUUUCCACGUGAAACUGGGUGUGAGCAUCGAAAGAAUUGAAGAUGAAGCAAGACGUCCAGGGAUCAGUCCCCGAAUUCACAGCGAUCUCGCCCAUGAGAUUGAUUACAACAGUUGCAAGCAAUUGGGUGCAUCAUAUCGAGCUCUCCCCGAUACUUAUCGAAGACCCGUCUGCUCUGGAAGAAAUCAACUUUGUCGAGAGGUUUUGAACGACACUUGGGUCUCAUUUCCUUCAUGGCUUUCCGAAGAUUCGACAAACGUUUCACAGAAGAAAUCUGUUUACGAAGAAUACCUUCAUAAGACAGAAGAUGAUCGAUUUGAGUUGGAUAUCAUAAUCGAGGUGAACAAAUACGCGAUUACCGCAAUGGAGACAAUAAUGAGAAAAAUCAAACAAAAGAAAGAUGUCUUCGUGGAUGAUUGUCUUGGAUCCACAUCAUCAAGUAUUAUGCAAAGAGCCAUCAAACGAAUCUACGGUGAAGCAUCAUUCAAGAUCAUUGAAGCAAUGAAGAAAAAUCCGACUGUUGCUGUGCCUCGAGUAAUCGAACGGCUAAAGCAAAAACAGAGCGAAUGGAUUGACGCUCAACGCAAGAUGAAUGGAAUAUGGAGAGAUCAUAUGGAAAAAUACUUCCAACGAGCAAUGGAUCAUCAAUCAAAUCUCGCUAAAACAGUGGAUGCAAAAUGGAUGAGAGGAAAAGCACUCAUAUAUCAAAUUGAGAAACUUUUUGAUGAAAGACAAAGAAGAUCAGUACUCGGUGAAGUGGCCGAUGAGGGACCACAUCUUGUCAUCACUUAUCCUGUUGAUAUGACAAUCAUUCACGAUGUGAACGAUCUCUUGUUGCACCAUGUGAAGAGAUUUUUCCAAAAAGAAGAGAAAGAGAAAAUGAAAGAGGUAAUUCGAAGAUGGAUCCCUGAAUGGUUUGGUGUGGAAAGAGAACCAGAUAGUGAUGAUGAAGAAACACCAUCAAAUAGCAAACAAGAAGAAGAGGGAAGAAGAAGAACCCGACAAAUGGAGAGAACAAAAAGCCCCGUUCCAGUGGAUAUUGACAAGAUCAAAGAAAAGACAAUGGAUCUCUGGAAUAGGCCAAAGCUGACAACAACAUAUCGAAUGGUUUACGGUGCAAAUCCACUUUUUGUUUUUUUCCGUUUUCAUGGAAUGGUUUGUGAACGACUCGGAAAAUUAAAAAAGAAAUGCGAUGAGAUGGUCGAUGAAUUUAUGAUUGAAGAAGAGAUUCAAAAGAAACGUGAAGAAGUGUACAAAAAGUAUGGGAAAGAUGUGCUGGGACAUGAGAUUAAUGCAAGUGAUCCAUUCAAUGGACUCAGCGCUUUCAAGGCACCUCGAGUCAAUCCGGAGAAACACUAUGCGCUCGCUUUACUUGAAGUGAAAAAUCUAAUGGAUGGAGCAACAGAACAAACAGCUUUUGAAGACAAUGUCAGAACCCUCUUCCCAUCAGAAUUACAUCAAGUGGUUAUGAUGGACAAGUUCAUCAUUCAAAUGUGCAAACAGUUGCAUCAGCUUGUGACCGAGGAGGAAAGUUUCCGAUCAUUGGAUGCUUAUGACAAAUAUCGAAUGAAUAAGGCUCCAAAAAUGUACGAAUUUGAUGAGAAUCGAACCCGAAUUGAGACAGCUUAUUCGGAUUUCGCGGAAAGGCAAUUGAUUCGAGAAAAUUGUUUCAAGAUUUACACGAUUCACGAUGUUGAUGAACCACGAGUGACGAUCGAGCUAGUCGAUACCGAAAAAGAUCUCGAGGAAUUUGACGCAGAAAGGGAAAAAAGAAAUGCAGAAGUUCGGAGAAGAUUUGAAGUGAGAAGAAGAGGGAGAGGAUCGACUGGAGAAACCAACGGAGACAAUGAACAUGGAUCACCUGGGCGAAGUAAACAGUGUCCCGAUGCUGGUCCGGCUUUCCUGAAAAGAAAUGUGAGCAAAGUGUCUUCAGGACCCGAAUCACCGACAAAAUUCUAUCAUGAUGUUUGGGAUACGGUUCGUUUAUCGCCAUAUUCUCCAUCAGUAUGCCCUAAUUUCCGGGCACAGAUGCAACGCUCAAGGAGGAGUUCGAAAGAAAAGAUAGAAGUCUUGAGGGAAAUGGUCAGCAAAAGACACAGAAAAGCCGGGAAAAUGUUGGAGCAAAAUGCGACAGAAAAUGAUGAGGAACCAACAAGAGAAUGGUUGAAUCAAGGAGUGAAAAGGAUAGCCGUCUACAACCCGGACUACGAAUUUCUCACUUUCAAUCGCUACCUCUCAAAAUUACCGCCAAAUUCU